GGCUCGAGCCAGAGGAGUCUCCGAGGGAGAGGAAGCGUCUGUCCCGCCUUCUCCUUGCCCCGCGACUCGUGGCGGGCCCCACUCGGGGGCGAGGCAUCGCUGCUUUAAGCGCGGCGCGGGGGGCUGGGCCGCGCGCCUCCCCGCGUGCUCUCCCUCGCCCUCUCUCUCUCUCUCUCCUCCUCGGCUCCUCUCUCUUCUUUCUGGAUGUGGGCGCAGACGCCGGUCGGGGCAGACACUGCCUGAAGCCUUUUCGAAGACUCCGCUGGAGGCCAUGGCCCGGAGCCGGAGCACGAGGAGCCGCCGCCGUGAGGUGUGCCCGCGCCCGGCUCCCGGAGGAAGGGACUGAGCCGAAGAGGAGGCGGAGGAGGAGGAUGGCCCGGGCGGGGCUGAGCCGGGCGGCGGCGCUGGCCCUGCUGCUGGCCUCGGCUUCCUUGGCUGGGCUGUGGGUCGGGCGCCUGGCGGAGGAGCCGGAGAUCUCUCCCGCCCUGGGCGCCUCGCCGCCCAAAACUUUCCGGGCGCUGCUGACGCUGCCGGGAGAGGACGCGAGGCGGAGGCGCGUGGGGCGCGGACGGGAGCGCGGGCGCGGGCGGGCGGCAGCGGCGUCCCCGGUGCGCGGCGGGGUCUUCUGGAGCCGCUGGCUGGAGGCGCAGGUGCCGCGCGGCUUCCCGGCAGCGGAGGCGGCCUCGUGGCUGCGUGCGGCGCGGGCGGCGGCGGUGGUGGCGCUGGAGCGGGGCGGCUGCGGGAGGGCGCCCAACCGCCUGGCUCGCCUCUCGGACGGGAGCCGCGCCUGCGUCCGCUACGGCAUCAACCCGGAGCAGGUCCAGGGCGAGGCGCUCUCCUACCACCUGGCCGGCCUGCUGGGCUUCCAGGAGCGCCUCCCGCCCGUGGCGCUCUCCCGCGUGGAGGCUCCGGGCGCCUGGGCGGCGGUGGGCGAGGAGCUGCGCGGCUCGCCCUGGGCCGAGGGCGCCGUGGUCAGCCUGGCCCGCUGGGUGGACAACCUCACGGACGUGGUGGCGCCGCAGCCCUGGCGCGCGCCCGCCCGAGACGGAGGCCCCGGCGGCGUGCUCUCCGCCUCCGCGCUGCGUGGGCUCAGCCUGUCCCAGCUGGUGGAGCUGGUCCAGUGGAGCGACCUCAUCCUCUUCGACUACUUGACCGCCAACUUCGACCGCCUGGUGAGCAACCUCUUCAGCCUCCAGUGGGACCCGCGCGUCAUGCACCGCGCCACCCGCAACCUCCACCGCGCGCCCGACGGCGGCCUGGUCUUCCUGGACAACGAGGCCGGCCUGGGCCACGGCUACCGGCUCCUGUCCGUCUGGGACCGCUACAACGAGCCGCUCCUCCGCUCCGUCUGCGUCUUCCGCGAGGGCACUGCCGCCCGCGUCCGCGACCUGCACCGCCUCCGCAACGCCGCCUCCGAGCUGCUCCGCGUCUACCGCGCCCGCGAGCCCCUCGCCGAGAGCCUGGGCUUCCUCUCCGAGCAGCAGGCCCGGCUCCUGCAGGAGCGCAUCGACCUGGUCCACCAGCACAUCCUCCACUGCCAGGCCCAGGCCCAGGCCGCCCGGGGGGACCGCUGAAGGCGCCGGGAAGAAGGACGGAAGGGGCCUUGUUCCCGCCCUGGCGCCCCGGGGAGAAGGGGGCCCGGACCCGCCGCAGGAGGGGAACCGCAGCCUUGCCGGUUGUGUCGGACUCACGGGGGAGCCCAGAGACUCGCCACAGACCCU